AUGAAUGCAGUGCAGGGCACAUUGAUGCCCUUUCUCUACCCUUGCCUCUUGCACCCCUCCUCUCUCAACUGCCUACGCGUUCAAGCACGUCGGAUUCGAUUCCACAACCGUCUCCGCCUGCGACACCUACAUCAGACAUGUCGACUCAAUAAACCUCCCACUCUCGAGACGAAUGCCUCUCUCCACGAUCCUGCCCUCGGCGCUUCCACGCCGUCCACUCAUGCUGCUUUGUCACACUUGAAUCCUUCUCCCGAUGACUACUCCCGAUCGAUCUUCAUUGACAAAUGCCAAAUAACGGUCCACGCAGGCUCCGGUGGGAGCGGGUGCGUUUCGUUCCUCCGCGAUGCUCAUAUAGCCGAUGGCCCACCAAAUGGCGGUGAUGGCGGGUCUGGUGGAAACAUCUUUAUACAAGCUGUCCCUGGACAAACAUCUCUCCACAAACUUGCCAGACGCGGCAUUAUAAAAGCCGGACGAGGCAUAGGAGGCCAAGGAAAGUCCCAGGGAGGACGCAGGGGGGAGGACAUCUGUGUCCAAGUCCCCGUGGGAACGGUCGUGCGAGAAAUUUGGCGGAGCGACCCCAGUGUGGAAGAAGAAAUUCGUAUCAAAGAACUCCGCGCGAUUAGCGACGAAGAGGACCCCCUUAAGAUCCCAGACAACGGGCUGAGAAACAAGUUCAUCAUCUAUGCCGGCGCCACGACCGCCAACGACCGCAACCAGAUCUCGUCGAAUUUACCCUCCCUCAAUUCCCACUUGCUGAAACCGAGAAGAUCACAUCUUGCCAUUCUCCAGCCUCGCGCACCCAUCCACCUCGACCUAGACAAGCCAAUGGACAAACCAAUUCUCCUUGCCGCCGGAGCCGUGGGUGGACUGGGAAACCCACACUUUGCGACGAAAUCUGACCCGAAGCCGAAGUUCGCGACCAAGGGCGAAUUGGGCGUGCGGAUCAAGCUCGAAUUGGAACUAAAGCUGUUGGCGGACGUGGGGCUGGUAGGUCUGCCCAACGCGGGCAAAAGUACAUUCACACGCGCGAUAUCGAAUUCGAGGACGAGGAUCGGCGACUGGGCAUUCACCACUCUCUCACCCACCAUCGGAACGGUCAUCCUGGACAACAACGAAGGGCGACCGUUGGUGCGCUCCGGCGUGCCAGCUACAGACUCGAGCAGCCCCUCUUCAUCCGGAGGUAUCGUGCCCCGUCAGUCUUUCACCGUUGCAGACAUUCCCGGGCUCAUCGAAGAUGCCCAUCUGGACAAAGGCCUCGGCCUCUCCUUCCUCCGACACAUUGAAAGGGCCAGAAUCUUGGCAUUCGUGGUCGAUCUAUCUGCCGGAGACGCCGUCACGCAGUUGAAGGCAUUGUGGAAGGAAGUUGGGGAGUAUGAAAAUCUCAGGGAUCGGGAAGUGAGUGAGCAGACGCAGGCGAGGCUGAUUAAUUGGUCGCCCUUCGAAGCUCAAGCAGCGCCGCCCGCUGAGGACGAGUUGUUCAACGAGGAUGGAGAGAAAAUCUCGAUUUUUCCGUCCGGAGGGCCCUCUCGAUCAUCCUCAACACUCGACCCGUUGACGUAUCCUCCGAUCAGCGCGAAACCCUGGUUCGUCAUCGCCACGAAGGCAGACAUCCCCCAGUCAACGAUUCAGGCGACCGCACCGGAAGCAGCUGGGGCCACAUCCACACAGGCAAACUUUCUGUCUUUGGCAGCUUAUAUAAAACAAGUGGCGCACGGGGAAAUCGAACACCCAAGCGGGAAGCGAAACGGCUGGCGGAAUCGUGUCGCGGCGAUACCUGUUAGUGCAAUCAGGGGUGAAGGGAUCGACAAGGUGAUUAGAUAUACAGCGGGCGUUCUGGACAGUCUUGUCGUUGGUCGCUAG